ACCCCCGCCGCCGCCCCGUCCCCGGCGGCCCGCGUCUCCGGCUCUCGGCGCGCCUCUCUCCCGCGCGUCUCUCUCCGCGUCUCGCGGUCUCUGCUCGGCCCCCCUCUCCGCGUCCCCGGCUGUCCCUCCGUCUCCGGGUCUCUCCGUCCGGGUCUCGCAGUGACUCUCGCUCCCGCUCCGUCCCCCGGGGCCCCCGGGCCUCGCCCCCCCGCCCGGCCCCGCCCCCCGCCCCGGAGCCCGCUCCCCAGGACGCCGCCGGGGCCAUGGCUGCGGGAUCCGAACUUUAAACACUUCUCGCCGGACCGGAGCGGAGGCGCAAACCCCGGAAAGGCUGGCUCCACCAUGGACUGUAGCUGCGUCUCCGACCUUCUCUUCGCCCCGCCCGCCCUGCCGGCUCUCUGGACCCCCGGGUUUGCCUUCCCAGAUUGGGCCUACAAGCCGGAGUCGUCCCCUGGCUCGAGGCAGAUCCAGCUGUGGCACUUUAUCCUGGAGCUGCUGCAGAAGGAGGAAUACCAGGGUGUCAUCGCCUGGCAGGGGGACUACGGGGAAUUCGUCAUCAAGGACCCUGACGAGGUGGCUCGGCUCUGGGGCAUCCGCAAGUGCAAGCCCCACAUGAAUUAUGACAAGCUGAGCCGGGCCCUGCGCUACUACUACAACAAGCGGAUUCUCCACAAGACCAAAGGGAAGAGGUUCACCUACAAGUUCAACUUCAGCAAAGUCGUGCUGGUCAACUACCCGCUGUUGGAUGUGGCAGCAGCCACCACGGGCUCCCCACUCUUGCUGACCCCUGGUCCCUUUGGGGGGACCUCUGGGCCAGAUGCUCCUCCCCUUACCCCUGAGACCUUGCAGACCCUGUUCUCUGCCCCUCGCCUGGGAGAGCCAGGGGCCCGGGCACCCCUGUUCACCCCUGAGACAGACAAACUGCGUCUGGACAGCCCUUUCCCGUUUCUGGGCUCCGGUGCCACCGGCUAUUCCAAGCCCCCUGGGCUGCUGGGUCCUUAUGGCCGCGCCUUCCCAGAGUACCCCUGGAACUUUAACCCGUACCUCACCGGCCCCUUCCCCAAGCUGCCCCCCUCUCUCUACCCCCCACACUUCUACCCCAACCCUCUGGCCGGUCCCCUGGGCCACCUGCCCUCAGCAGGGGCAGGGGGAGGCCCCACAGCUUCACCCCUGCUGGCUGCGACAGGGGAGGGCCUGGGCCCUGAGCGCCCCUCGGGCCUGGCAGCCGCCCCUCGCCUGGCACUGCCCGGAGCUGGGGGUCCAGAGGCUGCGCUGGGUGGGAAGGAGGACAGCGACUCGGAGCUGGAGAUCACUGAUGUCAGCGGCUGCAGCUCUGACAGCGAGGGCGACGAGGGCCUCCCUGUGCCCCCCAAGGCCAAGGCGAGCAAAGGGGGGAUCGGCAGCUGAACCAUUGUGGGGUAAAGGAUUCUGCCA